CACUGCUUAUAUAAACAUUAACACUGAGCACACAGGAGCAGCUUCAGCAGUACGAUUCCAACCUAUAUGCACUGUUUUAUUUUUGUAAAAACUACACACACUCUUAUCAGUUUGAGUACUAAAACAGCUGCAUCAUGAAAGGCCUGCAGUGGAUCCGGAGCCUGUCCGGAAUCAUUGGACACAAGGCAGCAAUACCACCUGGACAUGGCGUCAGUCUGCUGCAAGCUCGACACACACGCUUCCUUAUUCUCCUGUCUGCUCGAUCUCUCGUUACCUCAUCGUUUCCCACCAUGGCCCAUGUGAAGUCUCAAGGCACAGUUGCCAAUAAUAAGCAAAACAAUGGAUUCAAAGAGCAGCAUGGACUUCAGUGCAUUGCUCCAUUGGUGCGGACAGCGGAGGAAACCCCUGAGCCCAUUCCCACCACAGUUAAAGGCACCAUCCCGUCCUGGAUCCGGGGAAGUCUACUCCGCAACGGCCCUGGAAAGUUCGAGUUUGGAAACCAACAUUUUAACCACUGGUUUGAUGGGAUGGCUCUGAUGCACAGAUUUGAGAUCAUGGAUGGUCAGGUGACCUACAGGAGCCGGUUCCUCCGCAGUGACUCCUACAACCUGAACAGUGAGAAGAAUCGCAUCAUGGUGUCUGAGUUUGGCACAAUGUCUUUUCCUGACCCCUGCAAGAACUUAUUCCAGCGCUUCCUGUCCCGCUUUGAGAUGAUGAAGCCUACAGACAAUGCCAGCGUGAACUUCGUCAAAUACAAGGGCGACUACUACGUCAGCACAGAGACCAACUUCAUGCAUAAAGUCGACCCAGACAAUCUGGAAACAAAAGAGAAGGUGGACUGGAGCAAGUUCAUUGCAGUCAAUGGUGCCACUGCUCACCCCCACUUUGACCCAGAUGGUACAGCCUACAACAUGGGGAACUCGUAUGGCAGAAAGGGAGCUUUGUACAACAUCAUUAGCGUGCCUCCAGAAAAGGACGGCAACACGGACACGCUGCAGGGGGCCAAGGUGCUGUGCUCCGUCAUCCCUACUGACAAAGCCAGACCUUCCUACUACCACAGCUUCGCCAUGUCAGAGAACUAUGUGGUGAUCAUUGAGCAAUCCGUGAAGAUGGACCUGUUUAAAAUAGCAACGGCUCGGCUGAGGAACAAAAAUGUUAGCAACGGCGUCUACUGGGACCCUAAACAAGAGACUGUCUUCCACCUGGUCAACAAACACACCGGCGAGGUGAGUCCAGUGAAGUACCACACCACGCCGCUGUCCACCUUCCACCAGAUCAAUGCCUUUGAGGAGGACGGCUUCCUCAUGAUGGAUCUGUGCGGCUCAGACGAUGGCAAGGCCAUCAACACCUACCUCAUUCAGAACUUACGCAAGACUGGAGAAGCCCUGGAUGAGGUGUAUAACAGCAUGGGCAGGGCGUUUCCUCGCCGCUAUGUCCUGCCUCUCAACAUCACUAAUGAGACCCCACUGCAGCAGAAUCUCAACACACGGCCCAACAGCUCCGCCACCGCUGUCUGCCACAGCAGUGAAAAGGUGUUCUGCACAUCUGAGGAUCUCCAUGAUGAGGACCUGCUUGAAUACGGUGGAUUGGAGUUUCCCCAAAUUUACUACAGCAAAUACAACACAAAGCCGUACCGCUACUUCUAUGGCUGUGGCUUCCGCCAUCUAGUGGGAGAUUCGCUGAUCAAGAUGGACCUGAAUAAUAAAAAACUCAAGGCGUGGCAUCAGCCAGGUUUCUAUCCAUCUGAACCUGUGUUCGUGCCUUCACCUGAAGCAGAGGAAGAGGACGAUGGAGUCAUCCUUUCAGUUGUCCUCACACCAACUGAGGAUAACAGCACAUUCCUCUUAGUGUUGGAUGCUAAAACAUUCGAGGAGAUGGGAAGAGCCGAAGUGCCUGUCAACAUUCCAUACGGCUUCCAUGGAGUCUUUAACGCUGCAUAGAGCAUCAGAAGAGAUGCCUGUAUGCUGACUAUUAGAUGCUUGCUUUUACCACACGCUGCCUUGAUAGUGGCUAUAAAAGCCUGUAUUGAACUGUUUAUAACCAUCAACAUAUAUAACAUCACAUAUAUUCCAUAGUGCUAUACAAUCAUAUAUCAAGAUCAGACCAUCAUUCAAAGGGAAAUUCAGGUGAAGACCUCUUAAUCUGUUUACAUUGAUUUUACUCAUGUUUUAUACCAGAUUUUACCAAACACACCUUAUUUUAUUCUUUCUCUUUUAUACUAAAAUGAUUUUUUACAACAUUUUAUACUACUAUUCCAUAAUGCAGCUAGGAUCAGGAGAUCAUGAUAAACUUAUAUCUAUACACAUUAAUACCAAUGCAUUCAAUCUACAUCUACAUUAAAGCCAAAAUCUAAGCAUUUCAUUUUUAUGGAUUUCUGUUCACUGUUUUACUCUUUUUCUUGUUUAUAUACAUUUUUAUAUUAAACUGUAAGCUGGAAAUGUAUAAAAACAAAAUAUAAAAAACAUAUUACGUA